GGAUUUCGUGCGCUGGAAACCCGCCCUCUGGGCUCCACACCCUAUCAAUUUAGUCCGGAGUAUCUUGGGAUGGAGACUAGACACUGAUCCACAGAUAAGGUGUAGCCCUGGGUGCGGAGAAGGGCACCGAUAGGCAGCGCUAUCUAGGAAUGGCAUGGGGUACAGCGCCAACAUGGUGUGUAAAGCACCGACCGCAUGGAAUCCGUCAAGACGACCCCAGCGCCUCGAUCUCUCAAGUAUUCAACACUCUUUCCUUUUCAUUACCCUCAAGGGUAGUGUGUCUCUCUCGCCAUGUCCAAAUUCGACGCUGCUCCUCCCAAUACACAUGCGGGCGGAAACGAUGAUGCUCUCCGCGCGAAGGGCAAUGACCCCAUGAAUGCGCCUCCGCCUCAGUACGCUGACGAGAGAGUCGACAUGGCCGCUUACUCGAGAGAUGUUCCACGUUGGAAGCGUGUGUGGCAGCACAGCCUGACGCAGAUGAUGCUUUUGAGCGUUCAAGCAUUCUGCGGACCAGCCAUGGCCGAUGCGAUCGCGGGGCUCGGUGGAGGUGGUCUUGCUACUCCCCAGACGUCGAACGUUGCUACCGCUAUCAACUACGCCAUGCUUGCUAUCGUCUGUUUCCUAGGCGGCCCUCUCGUCAACAAGCUUGGCACAAAAUGGUCAUUGGUCAUCGGCGCGAUGUCCUUCCCUAUUCGCGGAUCCUCCUACUAUUGCAAUAGCAAGUUCGGCACGCAAUGGUACCUCAUCUUCGGUGGCUUCUUCACCGGCAUCGGCAGCGGCUGCUGGUACGUCGCCGAAUCCGGGUCCAUUAUGUCUCUCGCCCCGUCUGGCGCCCGUGGCAAGUAUCUCGCACUCUGGAUUGUGUCCCGUAACCUCGGACAACUGGUCGGAGGCGCUAUCAAUCUGUCCAAGAACCAUAUGAAGGGAGCUAAGGGAGGCGUUACUCCGGAUACGUAUAUUGCUUUCUUGAUCAUUGAGUCUAUGGCACUGCCGUUUGCUUUUUUAAUCUCGCCGCUUGAAAAAGUUGUGAGAUCUGAUGGGACCCGGAUUCUGGUCUCAGAGCCGCUGUCGACGAAACAGGAGUUCAAGAAGAUUAGAUUUACUUGGAUGUCGAAGCUCAUUCUGCUUUCGGCUCUUUGGGCUAUGUGGUCUUUCUUCUACAGCGGCACAUGGUCCACCUAUCUCGGAACCUACUUCUCGGUGCGCUCCCGCGCCCUCUCCUCCCUCGUAUCGCCCUUCUUCUGUAUCGUCGGAUGCUUUGGCCUGGGCUUUAUUCUCGACUUGAAGGGUGUCAGCCAGCGUCGCAGAGCGCAGCUGGGUCUCUUCACCGUUGUCAUCCUCAAUCUCGGCGUCUACGUCUGGUCUAUUGUAAUGCAAGUCCGCUUCAACCACCACGCGCCUGGGAAGAUUGACUGGGAUGAGUCACUCUACCCGACCGCUUUCCUGCCGUACUUCUUCGUCCAGACCACCGGCCCGCUGUCGCAAUCGUACAUGUACUGGCUGCUUUCGUCUUUCGCUACUGAUGCGCAAUCAAACGUCCGCAAUGGCGCCGCAUUUCGCUGCCUCGAAGCUAUCGGUCAAGCCAUUUCCUACGGCAUGAACACGCAGAUCAAGACCAGCCCACUUAUCGGCUUCUGCGUGACCUUCGGUCUCAUGGCUGUGGCCGUGCUGCCCAUGCUUACUCUUGUUAAUCAGACGCCGGAUCGGAUUCCUGCGGAUGUUAUUGCCGAGGAGAUGGGUAAGAUGACAGAGAAGAUUGAAAUUGCCGAGGUGCCGAAGGGGUGCUAGAUAGAUGAGAUGUUAAGCAAAUGCGGAGGUGUUUGCAAUAGUGGAGGAAGAAGAGGCUUGGGGUAAGACGCAGAGACGACAAAACAAGACCUUUGUGGUUAUUGCCAAGAGAGAUUAUG